UGAGGCGAUUGGCCUACCUAACUUCUGAAUCUGUACCAGGCUAAAAAAUUCCAUACCUGUACUCUGAUUUAUGACAGUAUAUAGUCUGUGCUUACAUUCACUGACUUAACUUUAGAAUAAUACAGACACAGUAGGGAAACAGGCCCUCAAGAAGUUUGCAGUCUGAUUAGAAGGACAAACUUAGACACAGAGCAGUAGCAAAUAAACCAAAAUAAUACUAGCUACGGUUUAUUGAACACUCUUCUGUUCUAGGUGUUAGACAAAAACCGUGGCUGUAACAGUGAACAGUAAAGCCUUGGAUCUGGAUCCUGCCCUCGUUGAACUUACAGAGUGGUGGUGGUGGGGGAAGGGGGUGAAUCAGAUGAUGCCAGAGAUGGCUUGGGCCAGGUGGUAGUGAUGGAGGUAGAGAGAUCUGGGCAGGCCACUGUGGCAGGCAAAAUGGAUGGAGCCUCGUUCUUGGUUACGUAUGAGGUGUAAGGGAGAGGAAGUUGAGGUGGGUACCUGGCUUUCUGGCUUGCCUGACACUGACGGGUAGAGAACCAAACUGGGGAAGUAUAUGUUUGGUUUUGGUAUGCUGGGUGGGAGGUGCUCUUGAGACAUCAUUUACAUAUGUUACCUCACCCACACAAUAAUUCUGGAGGCUGGGUUUUUAACCAGAGAUAGAAGAGUGAUUUUGUAGAGUCGAGCAGAUCAUGGUUGGAAUCCUGCCUGUUGAAAUGACUCUUUACUACCUCAUUGACUUAGGGCAAAGCACUUAACUUUUUUCUAUUUGUGUAUUCAUCUCCAAAAUGAGGAAAAUGCUGGUCUUGCAAGAUUGUUGUGAGAGAGAAAUGAAAUAAUGUACCCCCAGAAAAUGUACAUCAAGAGACUAGUCCAGUGCCCCAUACAUACUUCAAUAUCCGUACAUUCCCCACAAAAAAGCACUAAAAAUCAUGCCUUGCUGGAGGCUGCAGGACCCAGUCACGUUGCAAUCAACGCCAUUUCUGCCAACAUGGACUCCUUUUCAAGCAGCAGGACGGCAGCUCUUAAGAAGCAGCCCAGCCACAUGGAGGCCGCUCAUUUUGGUGACCUGGGCAGAUCUUGUCUGGACUACCAGACUCAAGAGACCAAAUCGAGUCUUUCAAAGACCCUGGAGCAAGUCCUGCACGAUGCUGUCGUCCUCCCAUAUUUCAUUCAGUUCAUGGAACUUCGGAGGAUGGAGCAUUUGGUUAAGUUUUGGUUAGAGGCUGAAAGUUUUCACUCUACAACUUGGUCCCGAAUAAGAGCACACAGUCUGAACACAGUGAAGCAGAGCUCACUGGCUGAGCCCGUCUCUCCUUCUAAAAAGCACGAAACUGCAGCAGCUUUUGUAACUGAGUCUCUUGACAAGAGAUUAGAGGAUUCUGGCUCAGCCCAGUUGGAAGGAGUUGACCUGAAUAACAGAACUAGCAACACUCCGAAUCACUUGCUGCUUUCCCAGGAACGUGACGGCGCCCAUUCUCUCCACCUGGAAACAGCCAGAACAGGAGCUCAUCGAGGUUCCAUGGAAACCCAGGAAUCCUCCGGACUUACAGUAGCCAGUAGAAAUAGUCCCUCUUCUCCACUAAAGGAAUUAUCAGGAAAAUUAAUGAAAAGUAUAGAACAAGAUGCAGUAAAUACCUUUACCAAAUAUAUAUCUCCAGAUGCUGCUAAACCAAUACCCAUUACAGAAGCAAUGAGAAAUGACAUCAUAGCAAAGAUUUGUGGAGAAGAUGGGCAGGUGGAUCCCAACUGCUUUGUCUCGGCACAGUCCAUAGUCUUCAGUGCAAUGGAGCACGAGCACUUUAGUGAGUUUCUACGAAGUCACCAUUUCUGUAAAUACCAGAUUGAAGUGCUGACCAGUGGAACUGUUUACCUGGCUGACAUUCUCUUCUGUGAGUCAGCCCUCUUUUAUUUCUCUGAGUUCAUGGAGAAGGAGGACGCCGUGAAUAUCCUGCAGUUCUGGCUGGCAGCAGACAACUUCCAGUCUCAGCUCGCUGCCAAAAAGGGCCAGUACGAUGGGCAGGAGGCCCAGAACGACGCCAUGAUUUUAUACGACAAGUACUUCUCCCUCCAGGCCACGCAUCCUCUUGGAUUCGAUGACGUCGUACGGCUGGAAAUUGAAUCCAACAUCUGCAGGGAAGGUGGGCCGCUGCCUAACUGUUUCAGCACUCCGGUGCGGCAGGCCUGGACCACCAUGGAGAAGGUCUUCCUGCCUGGCUUUCUAUCCAGCAACCUUUAUUAUAAAUAUUUGAAUGAUCUCAUCCAUUCGGUGCGUGGAGAUGAGUUCCUGGGAGGGAGUGUCUCGCUGGCGUCUCUGGGCUCUGCCGGCCCCCCUGACGACUCCCACCCCGGGGCGGCCGACAGCUGCGCCUCGCAGUCCAGUGUGAAAAAAGCCAGUGUUAAAAUUCUGAAAAAUUUUGAUGAAGCGAUAAUUGUGGAUGCUGCAAGUCUGGAUCCAGAAUCUUUAUAUCAACGCACGUACGCAGGGAAGAUGACAUUUGGAAGAGUUAGUGACUUGGGGCAGUUCAUCCGAGAAUCUGAGCCUGAACCUGAUGUAAAGAAAUCGAAAGGAUCCAUGUUCUCUCAAGCUAUGAAGAAAUGGGUGCAAGGAAGUACCGAUGAGGCCCAAGAAGAGCUAGCUUGGAAGAUUGCUAAAAUGAUAGUCAGUGAUGUUAUGCAUCAGGCACAGUGUGAUCAGCCGUUAGAGAAACCCACAAAGCUAUGACUUAAGGCCUUUCGGAAAAUGAGAACUUUUUUCCUUUGGUUGGAUUCUUCACCACAGCCGAAGAAAACAGCACUGUAUUUCUUCUCACUGUUGUUCCAAGAAAGAACGGCAGACAAUCCCAGACUUGCACCCCCGGCAGAGUGGCAUGUGGCACACGUGCUGCACACGGUGAUCACACAGUGGGAGUCCUAAAGACAGUGGCAUUGUUUACAUGACUAGGGAAUUAAUAGUUUUCCAAUGGCAAUAACCCAUCUCUGGAAGAGUCUUAGUCCACUGGAACAGGCAGGGACCACACGCCACGAGAGCUGGUAUUCGAUGCACAUCCUAUAGUGGUAACCCAUCCCCAGUAGCAUCAUAAAGCAGGUGCCAGAGGCGCUUUGCUUUUUCUCCUAAACAAACAGGUGAGUCGACCCCUCGAGCCAGGCAGUGCUGUGCCAGCAGGUGGUUUUUCUCCCGGGCCUGCACAGAGGCAUUAAUUUGGAAAGAAGCUAACAGGUCACGGGUCCAGUCUUGGUGACGUUGUCCUUCCCUUUGGUGACAGUGUAUGGUUUUCGCGUUUUCCUUGCUCCUGAGACGCAGUUUACUUGCUCCUUCCUCCGCCCCUGCCUGCUGCCCGGGGGGGCGAGCCUCUGCACGGGAGUGUUACCACUCGCCCCUGCGGAAUUCUGUGCUCCCAUGACGUCACUUCCCUCUGAGUACUUGUGGAGAGGAGCUUACCACAACCAUCACUCCAGUUCUCCCCUGUGGCUCCUUGAACAGAAUGUUUAUUGCCAGAUUGUACAGUUUUUUUAAAAGGUGGGCGGGCAGGGCCGGGGGAAGGAGGGGCACUCCGCUUUGACUGCCUCCCCGCCCUUGCUGUGCGCUGGGAAAUGUGCAGAUUGCGGCCUUUUCCUUCUGUCUGUGGGGUGACGGUGACGAGAGGCCCCUCACUGCACUUUCACUUGGUGGGCUUCGGGGUUUGGACCUCGCCGCAGGGUCGCCCCGUCAGCGAGCACACUCCGCGGGCAGGCAGUCCAGCGCUGCCUCACUGCACGGACUGUUGGGGGGGGAGAACCUUGUCUUAGGUGUUACUGCUUUUGCUCAGACUUUGCAAAAAAAAAAAAAUAAAUAUAUGUAUAUAUACAUAUAAAUAUAUAAUUAUUAGUCACCUCUGUCUUUGAGAAAGUCUUGAAUGAAUAGAGAAAUGUUCCACUGUGGUGUUUGGUCAUAUGGAGGCUGUUUCAUCAGCAGAAGCAGCAGGAAGGCUGGGUGUGAGUUUUUGGUACUAUGUACCACCUCUGUUAUCUUCUCAAGCAAAGUAUUCAUGUACUUAAACCAUAUUCUAUUUAAUUGUGUUUGAUUUUAAAAUAUAUAUGAAAUAUAUUUAAAAUUGUGUCAACUUUCUGCUUUCAGGGCAUUUGUGGCUCCUCUGUUGAAAUGUGUUGACUUCCCAGUAUUUCCUUUUGCUUUACAAGAACACAGGCGUGAGCCGCUCCUGGACGCGGCCUUGUGUUUGGACCGUGUGGCACAGACCUGAGGUGGUGUUAGAUGCAUAUGCUGUGAUAGACCCACUUUGUUCUUUUAACAGAAUAUUUCCAUCCAUUUCACUUUGCUUCAGUCUUUAAAUAACAGAAAAGCAAUAUAAAGGUCAUAGACUAAACUGUGGUUUUGGGUGACUCUUUCUGCCUCUGCAUGUUUUGGAAAAACAAUUUCUGUCAGACUCUAGGCUGCUUAAACUAGUGCUUUCAGUUAAGAUACUGUCCAGUCAUGUCUUUGUGUGGGUUGUGUGCUUCUGAGCUGGAGAAGUCGGUAGUUGUAACGUUCUUAUAGAGAAGAAUAGCAGGCUUGAGGCUAGGUUACUUUUUCUGCCCCACCUGCUGUGGGACACAGACGCAACGUGCGGCCCGAAGCUGUUAGCCAGACGGGAGCUCUGCUCUCCUGCAGUACCUUGCCCUUUUUUCAGGCUGGGAUGGGAAUCAUCUGACCUUGAGCACCAGCCCCUGUGCUGUGUGCCCACAAAACAGAAUUCCCUGGCGGGGUGUUUAUAGGUUCAAGGAAUCAACUGAACAGUCAGCUUUAUCAUGAUGUUGAUUGACAUCCGUGCAAACUGUUGCAAAAAAAAGAUGUAAGUGAAAAGGGGUAUCUUUUGUAACUGGUUGCGUCUUCAUCACUCCUGUAAGAUGUGAUGAAAAUAAGAAGCAGGUAUCAGCCAAGCCCAGUGAAGAGCGAUCAAACAGGGAGCACCUUUUUGUAACCUUUUCUACUUGGGUUUCAGUAUUCAGUAGAACUUUAUAAAAUGUAAGUAAUUUACGUUUCUGGAGCUUUGGCUAGCACAGUAAGAAUUUGGAGGGGAAGCUCACUCUGAAGCACCUGCUGCGGUAGUGGGCGCCUCUGUCAUGACACUGUCGUGGGGCCGUGUGUGUGUACACGAUGACCUCGUCCCUCCCCUCCCUCGCACAGCAGUUGAUUGGAGCAGGGUUGAGCUUCUCCUGAUCCAAACAGACCCAAGAAAAUUCUUUAUCCUAAGAAUUUUGCAAGGGGAAGGAGAAAGCGCAGUCCCCCUGCGGGGUGACAGUGCCUGUCGGGCGCUUACGGGUCAGGAUCCCUGAGCUGGCGCCGCGUGGACAAGCAGAGAGGUGGACAGGCAGAAACGCAGACAUGAGAGCAAGCAGGUGAGAGCAGCGGCCUUGCAGCCUGCAGGCGGCGGAGGUUUCUGGUCCUGGUCCUGGUCCUGGUCCUGGUCCUGCAUCCCUGCCACAGACUCCAUCAAUCCCUCGGGUGUCCUGAGAAUACAUUUUGGCUUUUUGAAAAUCAGUCUGAAGUGAGUUUUUCUUACGCGGAACUAAAAUACUACCAGAUUGCUCUGAUUGCUAAUGAUGGUAUGUACUCAGCAUGUUUGCAAAGUACCACUGAAUUCUGGAGACUUUUUCUUCAGCAAACCUUCCUUGGUCACUUUGUGUAUUCUCUCAAAAUGGAAUCCUAAACUCAAUAGGACAAAAAGACACUCCCUCGUUUUUCCAGGGAGGAGUUGCCCGGGCAAAGGACAGGUCUCUGGCCUGUUGCUGGAUGGAUGGUCACCUUCUGGACCAGGGCCUUUGCACGCUCCCCAGCAUCCUUCUGAAGGAUAAACACCAUUCCCACUUCUUCUUACAUUAAUGAGUAACUGACAAAAGCUUUACAUGAAGGAGAGCAAUGAUUAUCACAAAAUUUGUGAGUGCUGACUGUUUCUACUUUGGCUGGAGCCGGAAGUGGGAGUAAGUUCCUGCAGAACGUUCAAGGUUACAGCUUAGGAGACUCAAGAGAAUGGCUGCCUUGGGGGCCUCUGCAGAUGAGCCCCGGGGCAGCACGGGGAGUGGCUCAGGGAGGGAAGUGGGGUCCUGCAGGGAGUGGGGAUGGGCAGAAACGGGGGACCCUUGUAAGCAGAGGCCACGCGGAGUCGGAGCUCUUCUGCCAGUGGGCGUGUCCUCAUCUGCUCGCUCCACACCACCUGCUCUGGCUGGCACACUGCCCUGGGUGCGACGGGGCACCCCUGGGGCUGCUUCUUAGCAGCCCCCUGCCCCUGGGGGCACUCAUGAGCCCGGGCAGUGGGCGGGCAGGCGCCCGGGAAGCGUGGCUUCCGUUCAGCCGAAGGGAGCUGGCACUGGCCAGAGAGCCAGGUGAGGAUUGUGACAGUGGCGUUUCCUUGAACACCUGGGUCCUUGACCUGGAGUGGACUCCAGGCUUGCCCCAAAAUGACCCCAAGCUGGCCUCUGCCUCCAUCCCAGUAAGAACCCUGCCUGUGGGCGCCUCGUGGCCGGGCUCGAGCUGAGCCUCCAGACCAGGCGGAGCUCCGUGCAGGGCCCAGCGGGCUCCCCAUCUUGGCAAAGAGCCCUUUGCUCUUUCUAAUGACAGAACGACUGAGGUCACAGGUGGUGUUUUAACACCUAUGAGGUGUUUAUGUGCAGGGACACAGGAAGGGCUGGAGACACCUCUGGGCCCCCAGAGCUUCCGUUCUGCUGAGGAGACAGAGGCUGGAAGUUCAUGUCAAGUGGGUGCUGGUCGUUUUGACGUGGGACAGCCCUCUGAGCCUGUGAUUUAACACCCUUCCCUUCCUGGCAGCAGUCACCAGCGUGUGUGACCUCUGCCCCCACCCUUCCUUCCGUGAGCCCCUGAGGGCUGGUUGCCGUGCGGCUCCACGUCCUCUCCGUGGAGACCCAGGCUGACUUGAGGGGCGGGCACCUUGACCCCGGGGCCUCCAGGCUGGCCUCUGAGCGGGGUGGGCCGUGGGGCUCUCUGCAGAGCUCUGGGAAACGUGGAGCCUUAGAAGCUGGAAGCAGGGAGACUAGUGUAAAGGUACUGCCUGCAUGUGGUGUGAGACCCCAGCUCACUGCUGAGCGGGUGCCGUGAGGUGAGCAGCCCCUUCCAGGUUGUCUAAUGAGAACAGCCAGCACUUGAGACCUUCCUGAGUGCCCGUGUGAGGGUCCUGUAAGGGCGGGCUUUUCCCUGAUUGUAAGUGAGGCGGCUGAGGCUUCAAGGGAAAGGAAUUCUCCAGGGGAUCAAGUCCAGGCAGCCGCUGAAAACGUUCCAUUACCGUGAAGCGGUGGUUCCUCCUCCACGCGCAUCCGGAUACCCUGGGGAACGUGUUAAAACGCAUUGCUGGGCCUCCCCCUGCCCUCCGCCCCCCGCCCCAGAGUUUCUGAGUGAGUGGGUCGGGGGUGGGGCCUGAGAACGUGUGUUUUAGAAAAUUCCCAGCUGCUGCUGCUCGCGAGAGCACACUUUUGAGAACCACGGCGUUAGAACCUUUCCCGUAAAUUGGGAGAUGGAUGUUUUCCUUCCCUUUUAUUGGAAAUGCCCACACUACACAGACGUGUAAUUUGAGACCCAUUACUCAUUCACUCGAGCACUUAAAUCCUUUAUCAGUGUUCAGAUGUUCACCAAAGCCGAGGGCACCCGAACGGCUGCCCGCUGGCCAGUGCCUGGGUAGGUCCGAGGCAUGGAGGUGGGUGUCCUCCCCCAGGGUGAGGCUUGAAAGAGACCCAGACCAGCCUUUGCUGGGGACAGUGCACGUGACGUACCUCCAGGGUUGACACUGGGCUGUUGGGGUCACACUGGGGUCCCAGCGGAACCUUUUGCACACAUCCCAUCAGGCCCACUUCAAGUCUGUCCCCCAGGUCCUCAGUGCCAGCUGCCCCCCGAGGCCCCGUCUCCCUUGCUGCCUCUUUUCAGGUCCCUCCCGCAGGGCGCGGCACCUUGUUCUCCUCCAUCUCCCACCCUCCUUGCCACCUGGGAGGCAAACCGUGAUGCAUUCCUGGGGUGGGCGUGAGCUGUUGGGGGCAGGCUAGAAGGACCCCAGGUUCACAGACUCCUGGUCAUCUAGGUCUUUCCCCCAGCACGUGCCCACUGUGUGCGUGUCUCUUCCCUCAAGAUACCAUUUCUCCAUGGUCCCAACACGUGCAGGCCCACCCUCCCCUCCCCUCCCCCAGCUGGGCCAGGACUCUGUCCACAUCAGCAUGGCCCAGGCCCUCCACACAUCCUCAGUCCACAUGCUCCGUGCUGCCUGGGGAGGCUGUCCUCUUACCUUGGUACCCAGCCUGAGUCCGCUUUCCUGCGCACAGCAGAGCCAGUCCACCUACACUGGGUUGUGGUGGAGGAAAGCAUGGCGUUUAUUGCGGGGCCUGAGCAAGGUAAACCCGAACUCCCCCGAGGCUUUCAGGGAAGGGGUUUUAAAGGCCAUAUUAGGGGUGAGGUCGAGGGCUGUGUGAUCAUCUUGUGUACAGUUCUCUGAUGGGCUGGCGGUGAGGUAACAGGUUGGUGUUUCCAGAAUUUCGACCAUAAACCUAGUUCCAGCCUGUCUGGGGUCCACAUGCUGGGGGUCGGUGUGAGUUAACAGCUCAAGGAUGUGGCUAAGGAUGUUAUCUGCAGCCCGUGAGGAACUCAAGGUCUCUGGCUUUGUUUUAUGGCUAAACUAUUGUUUUGGUUUGUUUGACUGUUGCCCUUUGUUUCUGCGUUGUCUCACUUCUCUGAUUAAAUUUGCUCUUUGGACCUCGGGGAAGGCCUAAGAGGCUAAAGCUUUUCUUACAGACAAGAGGCAGGGGACACGGGGGGUGGAUCUGUCCCCAGGAAGCCCCCACGGGGUCCUGCCUCUGGCCCUGGGACCCUCUGGCUCUGUCUUCAGAGCUUUUGUCCCUCGCCACUCCCACCCCAGCAAACUGCACCGUCCACAGUGGCGACCCUGCCUGGGGCUCUCCAGUCGCACCCGCAGCCAGACUGUCGUCUCCUCCAGCUGCUCUACCUCUGGUUUCCCCUCACUUUUCAGCCCCCAGCACCCUCAGACCAUGCAGGCUUGGAGGGUCACAGGUGCCUCCUGUAGGAAUGGGCUGAAAGAGCUGUGGGAAGCAGCUUGGGGAGGAUUCCUGGGGUUUCUCCCUCACCGUCACUGGAGUUGGGUUUUGUAAACCAACUUCAAAGAGCAAGUUCAAAAGCAGUAAGUGAGUAGUUGUGUUGUAAGGAUGACACGCCUGCACCUACAUGACAAACUGGGGCUGGGGAGGACUGUCCUGACGCGCACUUGGGUCAAGCUUCCCAGCGCCCGUGUCGGACCUGUGUCUUAACGCUGCGUCGCAAACAGCUUAGACACAAGUGAAGGAGAGAUGCCUCGAGAAGCCGUGGCUCUAUCAGGAUGAAGGCUUCGGUGUCCAAGCUGCACGUAGAGAGUGCGAACAAAAUUGUUACUUGAAAUGUAAGAUGGGAGAAAAACAGCAAUAUUUUGUACUAAUGUAUUCUUGUAUAUAAUGUUAUUUUAAA